AAAAAAUACACGUGGGUGUCGCCAAAUAUACUAUAAUUUUUAUAAAAGGUGUCGCUAGCUACACACACAUGCAAAACCGGAAACAACAUUUCCUCCUGAAUAAUGUCGACAGUGCACAAGGUAACAAACGAACAUGGACUUGAGUUUGUGCACAAACAACUUCGGAAAACUUUCAAGAUGGUCAAACAGCAACAGUUGGUCUGGCAGGGCGUUGCGGCAGAAUCCCUCUCAUUGGUCAAGUCACUGGCAAACUUAGGGGAGCAGCUGCAGUGUUCUCGCCUUGCUGCCCAAGAAGGCAGCUCUGAUGUACUGCACCAGUUUCCAGACCUCCAAGCGAGGCUGGAGUUUAAGCUGCUGCAAUCAGCAGAGGUGGUGAUGACGCGGUUGAAAUCUUGUCUAGAGACGAUGGAAGACGUUUGCCACAAACACACACAGUACGGUACCUACUCACUCAAUGCAUAUCACAAUCAGUACAGGGAGAUCGGCACAGUGAAGGUGUCUACAGCCUCAGCAACGUGGCCAUCUAUAGCAGACAUGCUGCAGUGGGUUACAGAUUUGAGCGUAUUGUACAGGAGAAUUUUUGCCGAGAAGACGUGGAUGUUUGAUACGGUCUCGUAUGAUAGUCUAGAUGAGAUGUCAGGAUUGGUGAAAAGGUGGUCAAAGAAUGACAGGGAACUGACGACUGCAGUAAAUGAUAUUCUGUCUCAUGUGGAGUUCUUCAUGGCGGAUGGAUGAAGAUCAGCUGAUGAAAUCUUUUGCAUGCUUAACAUCUAGCAGAUGUUUAACACACAGCCUUUUUUGCGGCCUAUUACCAUUGCCCUGAUAAGCAGGUACAGUGUACAGUGUACUGCCAUUUUCGGAGAUGGUAUGUACUGAUCUUGGUUUAAAAAAAGACUAGGAGGAAGAACAGGAUCAGUUCUGUACUGAUCUUCACAGCGCUUGAAGGAAGACUAGGUUGAGAUUGAUGACAUUGAGAAUGAGAGGAGAAUGGGAUCAGUUAUGUACUGAUCUUCACAGCGCUUGAAGGAAGACUGGAGGAAGAACAGGAUCAGUUAUGUACUGAUCUUCACAGCGCUUGAAGGAAGACUAGGUUGAGAUUGAUGACAUUGAGAAUGAGAGGAGAAUGGGAUCAGUUAUGUACUGAUCUUCACAGCGCUUGAAGGAAGACUGGA